CUUUGUGUCAUCAGGAUACAGUCUAGAGUGACUGUCCCAUCGAUGGGAGAAGUCAAAGGACAGGAAAGUCACCAUCAACGGGGAACUUGAUUUAAAUCUGUGCAUUGCCAAGGGCACGGAGCAGAGAACAUGGAUCGAGAGAAGUUUCAGCAGAAGGCUCUGAAGCAAACUAAGCAGAAGAAAUCCAAGUCGGCUGAAUUUCUGAUGGUUAAAGAAGAUGGAGAAGCUACGGAAGGCACUGGAAAUCCAGCUUUUAACAUGAGCAGCCCAGAUCUCUCAGCCCAACAGGCUUCAGGAAAGAAAGUUAUUAGACAUGACAUGCGGGAUCGCACCCUUGCAGCUCACCAACAAAAAUGCAGGCUGCAAGCCUCUGCUGAACCAAAAGGAAAUGAAUACAGCCGAAAUUACUUUGACCCACUGAUGGAUGAGGAAAUAAACCCAAGGCAGUGUGGGAUGGAGGUCAGCCAAGAGGAUGAGAGCGUCGUGGAGGGGACUUUGAGUUCUGAAGACCCGAUGAGUUCCAGAAAGAAUCUUGAACACUACAAAAAGGAUAGUGAAGCCAUCUCUGCCGACAGUGAGGAGACUGAAAGAAACACUCAGAAAAACGUAAUUCUGCCAGGAAGUCCUUCAUUGGAACAGGAUUUGAGAUUUGACGGGGAAGGACUCAGUGAAUACAUUCCUAUGUCAUGUUUAAAGAGCGGCAGAACAUUUGAGAAAGCUAUGAGUCAGCGAGUAAUUGCAGAUCCAAAUGUUUGUGAAGCAGGCGGCAUAGCCAAGCUCGGUACCCUCCCGGAAGUAACCCACCCAUCAAAGGGAGCAGCGUGGCCUUGGCCCCGCUGGAAGGUUGAGCAGAGUCGGUCACCUCAGUCUCUUCAGAUACAGAUGAAGUGCAUCAGGGGUCUCAAGAACAAGGUGCCCCAAGGCUCCUACCUCCUCAAAGUGUCCCUACUUGGCCAACCAGGCGGCCGUGUCUUGCAGUGGUACCCGGCGGAGCAGCUGAAGACCAGAACACGCCCAGUGAGGCACGGUGGAAACUUUUAUGAUGUGGGACUGUUUUUCCAUGAAAGCCUUUAUGUGGUACUCCCGCCUAAGAAGGAUGUGGAACUGGGCAUGGCUUUCUUGUUUGAACUCUUUCUCCUUCGUGGGAAAUAUACUUAUCUCCACCAGGUUGUGGGCUGGGCAACCUUCCCUUUGUACGAUAGCAGUAUGGAUGCGGUGGAAGGAAAAUUCAAGUGUCCACUUCUCCGAGGACAUUAUGAUCAGAAAGUCGACAGCUUCAGGAAAACUGAAGAUCUGAUUUGCUUGGACUUGGACCACUGGCUGUGCAAUCUCUAUUUUCAGGUAAUUAAACUUCCUCUACAUUUGAAUGAUCAAAAAAACCACAAAAGGCAUAUUCAGCUUCCCCUUGAGUUUCCAGAUUGUUUAAUGGCUGAAGCAGAAUCAAGUGUGGAUAAUACAGAGAAAAAGAGUUGUUCCUCAAGGAGUGAUGGAGCGAAAUCCUUCUCACACUCAUCUCAAGCCCUAGGAAGCAUUUCUAAUAAAAUUAGUCCCUGCCCUACGGACUGUGAUCUCAGUCUCUCAAAAGAAGACCAUGAAUUACACAAUAAGGAAAAACCAACUGCUUGGAAAACUGGAGAAACUGAAGACUAUUCACAAGACACAUCUUAUUUGGAGGAGCUGGAAAAACACAAAUUUUCAGUUUGCCGUUCCUCAGCUGCUGACGCUGCAUCUGGAGAAUUCUUCAAGCAUCUCUGUUUUCUGCUGCUGUCAGUGUUUUCCGAACUUGAGUUCGCUCAAUGGCGAAGCCAGGGCUUCUGGUACAUCAUCCUGCUGAUGGCUUCUCUCUGGUUCCUGAGGCUUUACCUGCAUUAUCUCAGCCAGUGGUUUUUCCUCCAGGCCAUUUCAACUCCUGUUACAAAAUUCCAUUUCUCCCCCCUCACAGUGGAGCUCUGCUACCCAACCUCAUCCCUUCACAUCGCAGAAGAGAUGCUUGUGGUUGUGGUGGGGCCUUUCAUGCUGAACGCAGUGGUGCUUUCCUUGGUCCUGGUCAGAUGGGGCUGUCAGCUACUGUUUGCCUUCUGCCCUGACGUCCUGUCAAAGUUAAUCAUCACCAUGGCACUAUGGGCAGUUCUGGACCCACUGGCAGUAUUUAUUGUGGAUACUGUCCUGGGGCGACUCACGCAGAGUGGGGAGACUCCGGUAGCUGAUGCAGCGAAACUGUACUGGAUGUUUGAAAGAACCAUGCAAUCCGGAAUGCUUGGUGUGAUGCUCACGGUGCUACUUUAUGUCCUACUGUUCAUCAUUUCGUCUUUGAUAUUAUAUGUGUAUUGUCUCAGGUAA